AUGCCAGACCUCAACUCCCCAGCAGUCUCGACACCCCUCCCCGAACCGCCCCCGAAACGUCGCAAAGUCCUCGACCAGACAGCAACCCCCCGCUACAGCUCCCCCGACGAGCUGACGGUCACCGGCGACGAGCUGGCUGCCUCCGUCGCCGCAAAACGCACAAAGACAACCCACCGCCGCCGCCUGUCCACCCAGCGAGCCCGUCCUAGCAUGACGCCUAGCAGGUCCCCAAGCGACGACGAGCUCAACGGGGCGUACUACUCCCGCUCCUCCCGCUCACGCUCCCGCUCCCCACGCUCCCCGACCGCAUCACCCUCGCGAUCUCCGACGCCCGCCUCCACGUCCCGCGGCUCGUCAUCCCCGCGGAGCCUCGCAGACAAUGUCGACCGCAGACUACGACUCUCGCCCGGCGCAGAGGAGGACGCUGAAGUCACGACGGGAGGCGCAGUCACCCCCGCGACACCGGCACGCAAGGGUCCCGUGCGGCCGACGUACCGCGAGACGCGCGUGCUGAGCGGCCACAACGGCAAGCCCGUGUCUCAGGUGCGGAUAUCGCCCGACGGCAGGUGGAUCGCGUCGGCCUCGGCGGACGGCACGCUCAAGAUCUGGGACGCGGACACGGGAAAGCACAUGGACACGCUGGUGGGCCACAUGGCGGGUGUGAGCUGCGUGGCGUGGAGCCCCGACAGCGGCACCCUCGCGUCCGGCAGCGACGACAAGGCGAUCCGGCUGUGGGACAGGGUCACGGGCCGGCCCAAGGUCACGGCCAAGGGCAUGGGCGGCGUCCUGGCCAAGGAGGGCAGCAGCCACAGGCCGAUGCCGCCGCUGCUGGGGCACCACAAUUACGUGCACUGCCUGGCCUUCUCGCCCAAGGGCAACAUCCUCGCGAGCGGGAGCUACGACGAGGCUGUCUUCCUGUGGGACGUGAGGGCGGGGAGGCUGAUGAGGAGUCUGCCCGCGCACAGUGACCCCGUGAGCGGAAUCGACUUUUGCUGCGACGGGACCUUGGUCGUCAGCUGUUCAACCGACGGACUGAUCCGUAUCUGGGAUACAUACACAGGCCAAUGCCUGCGCACCCUCGUCCACGAGGACAACCCCGCCGUUACCUCCGUCUGCUUCUCGCCCAACGGCCGCUUCGUCCUCGCUUUCAACCUCGACAACAGCAUCCGCCUGUGGGACUACGUUUCGGGCGCCGUCCUGAAGACGUACCAGGGCCACGCGAACAACAAGUUCGCCAUCGGGGGGUGCUUCGGCAUCGUGCCCGACGAGGGGGCCUUCAUCGCGUCGGCCAGCGAGGACGGCGAGAUUGUCCUCUGGGACGUGGUCACCAAGGAAGUCGUCCAGAGGAUGCCCGCACACCGACAGGACCGGGACGGCAAGGGGAGCGUCUGCUUCUGGGUCGAUGUCCACGGGGACAACAUGGUCAGCGCGGGGCAGGAUGGGUCUAUCAGGAUUUUCAGAAGGGUGGUCGCCAACGGCAGUGAUGCUGCCGCCGCUUAUGCUGUUCUGACGAAUGGGCACGCGGAGGCGGACAAGGUCGACGAAGCGAGCAGCACGGAACCGCCGAUAAAGCAGGAAGAAGACAUGGAGAUGGGCGGGACGUGA